AUUGCAUCCCCAUUUUCCUAAUAAUUACACAACCGCUCCACUCCGGCGAUCAUUUCACCGGAAAAUUGAAAUUGAAAUUGAAAUGGAGAAUUCCGGAACGGCGGAGGGAGUCGGAUACUGGUUACAGUGGCAGGUACUCCUUUCCGCGCUCGUAUGCGUGGUCCCCACGGUGAUCGCGGUCAGAUUCCUCCGCAGGAUAGGCGGCGGAAGCGAUCCGCUGAAGCCGGCCGAUCUCUGGUCUCCGUGCUGGCGGAAUCUCCAUCCUCGAUGGCUCCUCUUCUACCGCGCCUUCGCCUUCAUCUCCAUGGCUUACCUGCUCUACCAGACUGUUGCUGCCUUGGGCUUCAUCGUCUUCUUCUUCUACACUCAGUGGACGUUUGUUCUAGUGCUAGUAUACUUUGGGAUUGCUACUCUCGUCUCGAUUAGAGGAUGUGCGAAAGCCGGGGAGAAGGAAUCAGAUGAGAAGCUUGGAUUUCUCGAACACCUAAUGCAAAUCAUCUAUCAGACAUCUGCAGGAGCCAUCAUGCUCACGGAUAUUGUGUUUUGGUGCCUCUUGCUUCCAUUCAUGUUGGGGGAGAGCUUUCAGCUCACUCUUUUGAUCGGGUCCAUGCACUCUGUAAAUGCUGUCUUUCUCAUUCUUGAACUUGCCCUCAAUCGCAUGCCAUUUACUUGGUUCGGGCUUAUCUACUUUAUUCUGUGGAGCUGCUCCUACGUCGUCUUUCAAUGGGCUAUUCAUGCUUGUUGCGUCAAAUGGUGGCCAUAUCCUUUUCUUGACCUUUCAACACCAUGGGCACCUCUAUGGUAUCUGGCUCUAGCAUUGGUUCACAUCCCCUUCUACGGAUUGUAUGUAUGGCUUACAAAAGCAAAACAUAAGGCCUUCUCAACAUGGUUUCCCAAUGCUUUUGUGAGGUUUCCGGAAAAGAAAGAAAUUUAGGGUUCGCCAGAUUCUUGCAAUUGGAAAUAGAUGCAUGUAAAAUGUACGAGGAGUUAGACAGAAGUGUACAACAAUAAGAUCAAUAUUUAUGCGAGAUGAUAUGCUCUAUCAUUCUCUUUGAA